ACGAAUUGGCUGGGGAAAAAGAGAACCAGAACUUCCUCCCAGGAGGAAAAAAAUGUCUGCUAGCAGAACAGCUUCCUCUCACACUAGAGAGAUAGCACGGAGUAGAUCUGAAGGAACUGUGAUUGACUUGGACAAGAGAAAACCUUCAACAAGCUAUGAUGAAGAGAAUAAAUUGGAGUCAAUCAUUGACUGGCCUGAGGUGUUCAACCAACAUGCUCAGACUGUUUCCAAGACUAAUCCUUUCCGGAAUGAACUGUCAGCAUCCAACCCAUUUGUAUAUGAUGUAGCUCAGUUAAGUAACAGUGACAAGAACAAUAAACACAUUUCUAUCUUAAAAGAAGACCCCUAUCUGUUCUCCAGAGUUUCAAGCAACAGGGAUUCUUUUGCUUCAUCAGGUGAUGAGCUAGAUAUUGAUCAUCUUCUAAGAAAGGCUUCAGCAGGGAAAUCUGGGAGAUCUAAGAGUGCCUCUGAGCUUUUGGACAUUGUAGAUGCCAAAAGAUUUGAUCCUGACAACACAGCACCCUCUGACCAGAUUUUAGCUGCAGACAUGGAAUGGCUUCAAAAUGACCGUGAAGCCUACAAGAUGGCUUGGUUGAGUCAUCGACAGCUGGCCCGAUCUUGUCUAGAUUUGGAUGUGAUGAGUCAUAGUCCAGGAUGGGCUCAAACACAACCUACAGACACUCAUAUAGUUUGUAAACUGAAUCAUGAAGGGGGUUCAGUGCAGCUACCUGACUCGGAUAUCACUGUUCACAUCCCUGAGGGUCAUGUAUCACCUGGGGAAUUCCAAGAGGUUGGUUUAAGGGCUAUUCUGAACCCUCCCCCAUCACUUAAUCAUGAUCUUUCAAGCACUGUGAGCCCAUUGAUAGAACUUACUUUAAGUAACCUCAACACAAUGGAAGCCAUUUUACUAGAAAUGAAAAUUGCAGCUGAAGUGAAGAAGGAUCCUUUCAGUCAAGUUAUGACUGAAAUUAUGGGUUUUUAUAGUCUCAACAAAGAAGGUCCUUUUGAAAAGCUACACAACUGCUACAUUUACAAAGAUACCAUACAAGUGAAGUUGACAGACCUAAGUCAUGUGAUGUACAUAGUGGUUACAGUACAAGCGAACCCAAUUCAGUCUCUGGCUACAUCUGUUUGGGAAUACAUCCACAGAAACCUCUCCAUUGGAAUUUAUGGGCCCAAACAUAUUCAUCCUUCUUUCACUGCUGUUUUUACAGUCUUUGGUCAUAACUACAUUCCAGAAAAACUCACAGUUUGUGACAUUAAAAAGGGUGGAAAGAGCAUGCCACCAGUGGUGUUUAAUCUGUGGGGAAAGCAUACAUUUUCACUUGAUAAGCCACAAGAUCUAAGUGUUUCUUUGAUAUCCUGUGAUCCUGAUUUUGAAGUGAAGGUGGAAGAUCAAAGCAAAGAAAUUAAAGAAGGGCAGUUGAAAGCAGGUGAAGUUGUCCACCAGCAGUUUCCAUUUUCUGUACUGGGAACUGGGGAAAUGCAUUUAUUCACAUUCCUAGUUCAGAUUAAAGUCCCAAACAACAAUCUAGUGACCCAGUUCCCUAUUACAACUCCUGAUCCAGCUCCAAAGUUAACUGGGAUGGCUAGUAAGCCAAACCGUUUACAGAAACGCAAAGAGAUCAAAUCUGCUCCUUUUUUAUUGACACCAACAGUUAAAUACCCCAAGUUUCAAGAUAAGACUUUAAAUAUUACUAGCUACGGAGUGGCCUUGAAAACUGUGUUUCGUCAAAAUAAGAUUGACUAUUUACUAGAAUAUUUUAAAGGGGACACAAUAGCAUUUCUUGGUGAAGAUAAAGUGAAAGCCAUUGGACAAACUAAAGUUAAAGAAUGGUAUGUGGGAGUUCUUCGAAGAAAGAUUGGUCUAGUGCACUGUAAAAACGUAAAAGUGAUUUUAAAAGAACAAGCUAUAGAUAUCACUGAUAGCGUGCUGCCAACCAGGAAUCUUCUGGAACAAAUUGCACUGCCUUUUAAGAAAUUGACAUAUAUCUAUUCCUUAGUCCUAUCCACGGUAUCGGAGAGAGUUUACAACUGGAAAGCUUUGGCUGAUGUGCUAGGAUAUUCACAUAUGUCAUUGGAUGAUUUCAGUGAGGUACCAGCAGAUAAAGAAUCAGAAAGAGUCGCGUAUGUGGUGAAGAAAUUGAAGGAAGAUUGCCAUGCUAACAGACCCAGAAGGCAGUUUCUUUAUGAGCUCAUUGUUAUGAUGUGGAAACCUGCAUACGAUUUUCUGUACACAUGGGGCGCUCACUAUGGAGACAGCUAUAGAGACGUGUUACAAGACCUGCAGUUGGCUUUGGACAAAAUGAAAAACCCUUUGACCAAACAGUGGCGAGAGUUAACUGGAGCUUUGAUUCUAGUGAACUGCAUGGAGAUCUUAAGGGCAAAUGCUUUCCCCAAGAAGGAGGAAGACUAG